AUGUUCAAUCGGAUAGAUGCGAGCAAGUCGACGAAAGGCGCCAGCAAACUUCGAAGGGACUUGAUAAACGCCGAAAUUGCGAAUCUACGUGACCUGCUGCCGUUACCGCCCUCGACGCGCCAGAGGCUUUCCCAGCUGCAGCUUAUGGCCUUGGUCUGCGUGUUCCUGCGAAAAGCCAACUACUUUCAGCAAGCAUUGAAAAACUGCCCGUCCGAGUCUUCGAAUAUUCCGACGCCCAAUAUAGGCUUUUCGAAAGCGAUGUCCGGCUUCAUCAUGAUGAUGACGCAGCAAGGGAAAUUGCUAUACAUAUCGGAAAACGCAGCAGAUUACCUCGGGCAUUCUAUGGAAGACUUACUCAUUCACGGGGACAGUGUGUACGACGUGAUCGACAAGCAAGAUCACAUGGUGGUGCAGAAUCAAUUGUCGAGGAACAGUCCGGUUCCCAGCGACAGGCGGCUGUUUCUCUGCCGCAUCAACGUCUCGAGAAAUUCCCGCCGACAACUGCGCUUCGGUGACCAGAAGGUAGUUCUCGUAGAGGGUCAUUUCCUACCGUUCGUUCCUGUCUGCAAUCGCAACGAGUUCGUCUUCUUAGCCUCCUGCACGCCGGUGGUCCUGCCGGAGACACGCGAGAGCAUCGUCCAGGGCGCGACGAAUAUCUUCACCACGAUUCACUCUAUGGAUAUGAAGUACCUGCAUAUCGAUAAAACCGCGGAGAGUCAUCUGGAGUACAGUCGUGCCGAGCUGGUCAACGUUUCGUGGUACAAUCUGCUUCACUGGGACUCCAUAAGGACGGCUUACUGCAAGCAUCAGACUGUCAUCCAGUCCGAUCAGGAACGCUCCACGACGGCCUUGCUGAGGCUACAGAGCCGCUCCGGUAGGUGGUUUUGGGUCCACUGUGUGCUGCAAGUCAAGGACACCUCCGACGAGUGUCAGCAUCCCAUUAUCGUUUGCACGAAUCAAGUUCUCACCGACAAGGAGGCGGAGGUGAUGCGUUCCAGUUCGUGGCUAUACCAGUACUCCUCCCAAACCAAGUUCACCUACGGGCUCUGUCCCGGAGGUCAAGGUCGCGGCGGCCUGUAUCCCUCCGCAGGGACCGGCAGUAAUCAACCGCAGGACUACGUCCGCGCUGCAUAUCCUCACGAUCCCGACACGCAACAUUCACCGUCGCUGCGCGCGGAUCGCACCGAUACAGAGUCGCAUGGAUCCACGAAGACCACGCAGGCAAUGGAUUACCCCAGCAGACGACUUUUGCUGCGCGACGACACGGAGCCGGUGGACAUGUCGAUAAGUGGCGUGGAGCAACAGCACGACGACAACCGAGCUGUGCAUAGCGCGGUGCACCAGCAGCAACAGCAGCACACCUUGGAUGAUCCGGUGAGGUACCACAAGCAAUAUCACAAAAGCUCGCUGCACUUGGCUGGCUACCGAGCCAAGUUCGUGCAAUGCCACGGCCAGUACGCGAGCAGUGCGGACAUGCUGUCGCCCAGCAACAAGUACUAUCUUACCGACCUCGAUCGAGACUAUUGCUGUUCUGAGCGUGGCAGCCUGUUGCUGCACAAACGACUGCCACCGAAGACGCUGAUCGCGCCGUCACCCUCUGGUCAAGGCACCACGGCUGCCGCUGUUAGCGGUUCAACGGCGGAGCCGCAGGAGAGCACGACCUUGGAGAGCUGGGGUGCCAGUCCAGCAUGGUCGGACGCGCUGCAGAGGGUGCCGGAUGUGGUGCAUCAGGAAUUGAGUCCGUACAUCACCACCCCUACUACACCGGUUAACACACCCGACUCGGAGCUGCACUCGGACGCGCCGAUUUUCAACUUCGACUGGGCCGGUGAGCAGCACGUGCCCAAUCUGAAGAUCACCUUCCGCAGCACAGCCGCCAGUGCAGCAGCCGCUGCUGCAGCCGCGGCCGCCGCUCAUCCUGCGCAGACUAGGAAGCACCAGGACGUGCAGCCGAUCACGUUACAGUUACCACGUAGGAAGGGACAGUCGUCCGUGAACGACGGCAAGGACUUUGCGAAAUGAAAGAGCGCAAGCGAUUCUCGCGUUCUUAUCGCGUAACCGCGUGUAAUCUGAGAGAGACGUGAUGUGUCGGAGUCCUAUUCUUUUUUACUUCAACAAAAAAUUUAUCCAGGGGCAAGGAAGAUGCGCAAGAGACAACAAUAGGAACCUAGAUGGUUGCGAAACGUGGGAGAGGAUACGAUUUGGAGGAAUCAUAUAUUUACGUAUGCAUUUUCACAGACAACGGAGUAUAUUUUUCCAAAUUCUAUCGGUAUCGCAUUACACAAUCUCUUUGCGCUCAUUUGGUCUUUCAUCUUUUUCAUAUCUUUUCUUCUCUCUUUCUCUCCCUCUCCUCUCCUUCUCUCUCUCUCUCACAUACACAUGUACACGCGCGCGCGCACAUGCACGCACGCACGCACGCACACACGGACGCACGCACACACACACAUAUGCACACGUGCACACGCGCGCGCACACGUCCACGCUGUCACUCACUCAUUCCUUCUCACUUUUUCUCAUAUACACAUACACACAUAUACACUUUUGCUUCUUCCUUUCCUCUCAUUCUCUCUCUCUUUCUCUCUCUGGCGUGUUAUAUAAGGUGUCUCGGAACAAUCUUCGAAGCUUUCGUGAAAGCAUAGUACGAAUUGAGGUGAACUUAAAAGUCCUAUACGGUUUUGUGAUAUUCGCAAUAAUACUAGGCAAAUUGCAAAUUUUGUCGACUACAUGAAUGCGAAUAGACAUUUUCGAUGUAUUUUUGCCUGAUGAAUACGAAUUCAUUGUCCAAAACGUUGGCUAGCACGUUAGUAUUUUGAGAAAAAUGACAUCAAAAUUGUAAAAGCGGCAUUUUUUUAGAGUUUUCGUGAAGUUGUAGCGACAAUUUUUUUUUCUAAAUUUUAUUAAUGUCGCACAAAACUAUCAACUUUUAGCUUUAAAUGCUAUUUGUUUCGUUUUGCUAUAACCAUUCGUUUUCGAGAUAAAGCUAAAAUUAAAAACAUUGAUUGCGUGCACGCAGCAUCAGUAUCAUUGUUCCGUACAAUUUUUUUCCAAUGAAUGCGAGUAGUCAUUUCGAACAUAUUUUUUUACCUCCACGCACAAAUCUAUUAAUCAAAUUUUGCUACUACAUAAUUUUGAAACAAUAAGAAUAAAUAUGUACGAAGUGCGACUAUAACACUAGUCAAUAAAUAAAAUCUUUUCUGUAACAUGGACCACAUGAAAAAGAUAAUUCUAUAUUUUUAUAAUAAUUCUAUACUGUAAAAUAAGUGUAAAGUUUUCCUUCUCAUUUCUCUUUUCACUUUUGUGUCGCAUAUAUGUGACAGAUUUAUAAUUUUCCUUCUUAUAUCAUGAUACAUAUAUGAUGUAGUUUUGCGUACAAAAAAAAUUUGCUGCCAAUACUACAACAUUACGAAAAUGUCGUUUAUGUAAUUUUGAAGCCAUUUUUUCUAAAUCCUAAUGUGCUACACAAAUUUGGACAACGGAUUCCUACUCAGCAAGUGUUUAUAAAAAUGACAAUCAUGUAAUCAACAAAAUUUGCAAUUUGUUGCCUACACGGAGAAAAAUAAUUUUGCUCUUUUAGUAAAAUCGUCGUUGCUACUGCAUAUUCGUAGUGACAUCAAGAAAAUUUAGUUGACGUAACUAAUUUUACAAAUUAUUCGUUAUUAGAGAUAGAUUAGAAAU